AUGCACGCAUCUAUUUUCCUUUCAACUCUGGCUUUGCUGCCACGAGCGUUGGCAUCUUCCGAUCUCGCCUAUUGCGCGACCGAAAACACGGGAACCUCUGGCGCCGUCGUCAAUAACUACCAAUCGAACGGUGCCUGUGAGGAUACUUGUGCCAGUUAUGGUCUUGGAAUUUUGCAAUACAAAGAUUGUUGGUGUUCCAACGUGGCACCGGCCAACUCGAGUACGGUCGAAACGACCAAAUGUGAUUCCGCAUGCCCUGGUUACCCAUCAGAUAGCUGUGGAAGUGCCUCGAAGGGUGUGUACGCCUAUAUUUUGAUCAACUCAAAAAGCAUCUCUAGCACAGCGACCGCUGCCAGCAUAUCGCAUACCGAGGCCGGAACUACCACAACAGCCAAUGUUGCUUUGACGACAUCUGCAAACGGAGACGUCAAAACUAUUACCGUCGCUGCCUCUGAAUCGACAUCUAGCUCGGAUGCAACCACAUCCUCCACCAGUGACAAGGGGUCUUCCGGACUUGGUGGUGGAUCAAUUGCUGGAAUCGUCGUCGGUGUUGUCGGAGGUCUUGCUCUCGUCGGCGCUCUCGUUUUCCUCAUUUUCUUCUACCGCAAGCGCGCUCGCUCGGCUAGUCCGGUACCCAGCGGGGAUAUGACGGACCGCAACAGCCAAGCCUCCAAUUGGUCUCGUGGUGUAUUCCCGGGAGGUACUGGUGGAAGUAUGAACCGCCAGAACACUUUCACCGAUAACCGUAUGCGAAAUGGUGUAUACCCUAACGGCAGUCGGGAUAGCAGCGUCUCGCUGCAGGACAACGAGGACUAUUCGCGCCCCGUACUUCGUCUUGCCAACCCCGAUUAA